AGAAGCAAGUAAAAAAAAGAACAACUUAUUCUAUUAUGACUAAAGGGGAUUACAAUAGGGUAUGACUAUGUAUUGCCUCUUCUUAUCAAAGGAUAAUAGAUAAAAGCCCAUGAAAUAAGGAAUCCCAAAAGGUGAUGGUGAUCCUUAGCAAAGAAUUCUCAAACUCCCCAAACAUUACCCUAUAGCAUUCUAGGAAUAGAGACAGCAGCAAUAAACCAAGAGCCGGGGGGACAGAUAUCUUUGCCCAAAUUACACUCUUUCCAACUCCUUUCUUCAUAUUAUAGGUAGCUCCUUUGUCAUUUGCAUCAUUAGGCGUAGCCCAAAGUUCUCUAAAUUUACUAAUAAUCUUUUAAGGGCUGCUUAACGGCUGUACUGUCAUUUUUCUUUCUUUCAUUUUAAUUAUGAGGAACUAUUAUUCUCUUUGAAGUGACUUGUUUUUUCGUACAACUUGAUUUGCAAUAGUCAUCAUCUUUGCUCAUCAAGUUAAUUUGAACCUGUGAGUUCUUUAGACUCUGUCUUACUGGUCAAUGUGUGUGUGUGUGUGUAUUCAUCUUACUUACCAUUGUAAAUACAUCAAAAAGAUGUAGCUUGAGCUUGAUAACACCUGUUCUUUGCCUGCAUAGUUCAUGUUUUGUAUGGCUUGGUUAUAGUUGUGUUAUUUAUUUUUAGAAUGCAGAAAUUAGCUCAGGAACAAAAUGAAAAGAUUGAAAAAGUAAAUCGUGAAAGGAAAUAUCAUCAGCAAAAUACCGCAUAUGAGCUUAAUGCUUUGUGCAUGCAAUGGAGGGAGCUCUGUCAGAAAAAUAUAGACAUCAGUGUUGCGUGUACUUCACUUGACACACACAUAAAAGAAUUGAAAAGAGAAGCAACAGAAAGAGGCUGGAACUUGGAAGCUAUCACAGAAAAUGGCCAAUUGUCGAAUUCCGAGUUAUGAGAUUCGUACGUUCUCAUCUAGUUUUGUAUCCGUAAUGAAUUUGUUCAGCUUAAACUUGACUUUAAUUGCUUCUGUACCUCAAUUUUUAGUUUAAUAUCAUGAAAAAAAAUUAUCCAUUUGCUCACGCA